UUGUCCCGCCCAAACAUCGAAACUUUCUACUAACCCUAAAAGGAUCCCUCCCUCUCACACACUCUCUCUCUUACUCAGGUCGAGCCCGCGAUGAAGUCCCAUUGAGGUUUGUUGGAAAAUAACUGUUCAUUAAAUUCUCGAUCCUAUUUAAGAACCCCGGUGUCGCUGAUUUGAACUAAAUGUGUCUCGUGCUCUCGGUUCUUGUAAAGAUCUUAGUUUUCUUGGUUUAUAUCUCGACAUCGCCGACCGAAGUUACUUUGCUUAUUGGUGAAAUUUGGUCAAUACGUUUGAAGGCCUGAAGCUGAGACGACAUUAGUGAAGUAGCUGAUAUACAUGAUUUAUCCCCAGUCAGUCACUUGAUGGGCCAAGACGUCUAACCAGGCUUCUAAGCAUUUACGACCAGAGAUGCUAUAGUCAAUGCUCAAGCACCUAUCAAGGGCUAAACCUAUUCUAGUGAGGCUGGCAUCCUUGAUAAUGAAAAACAUCAUAUUAAGACAAUGUUUUGCAUAUACUGAGUGAGUGGGGCAUCCCUUAUGGAAGUUAUUAAUGAUCGAUAAAUAUAGUGAAAAGAGAUUGGUUACUAGAAGUGUCAUGCCUUCAGGUGACAAACAUCAUCCUCUUUUUGUUAAGAAAGUGGCUUUAAGGGAGUUGCCUAAUGAAUCUAGGAAUAUUAACAACAAGCCACCUAUAAAGUCUCUUCCCAAAGAGUCUGUGAAGCAACUCACCCCCGAUUCUAGGAAGGUGGCUGGGAUUAAGAGGCAGCAACCUGAUGCUCCACCCAGUCCUUCCAGUUAUCAGCCCCAAGGGAAAAUUUCUCCACUUGCAAAUAUUGUUUAUACUCGUAGAAAGCUCGAAACAGAACAAGGCAAGAUGGGUGAUUUUGUCAAUAUCAAUCAUGCUGAAUCUCCAGAAUCAAGGAAGCUUAGCAACAACUGCACAAAAAUACCAAAUAUGCCGAAAAAUUUGAUUCAGGAAGCUAAGGCGAGUUAUCCAUCACAUGUUUCUGAUGCAGUUACUUCCUUGGCUGCCUCAUCUGUGGGACUAUCAUUUCCCCAUGUUCAUGGGAAACCCAUCUCUAGAUUAACAGGUCCAGAACCACUAGAUUCAGUGUCUGCUGCUGGGUGUUCUUUCACUGCUGACCCUCACAAAGUGAAUAAUGAAGGUUGGAAAGACAGGUUCCUUAGGCUGCAGAUGUUCCUAAAGACCUGUGAUCAGGCAAACCAGGAAGAUUAUAUACAAAUGCUUCGAUCUCUAUCUGCCGUUGGCCGAAGUAGGCAUGCUGUGGAACUGGAGAAAAGAGCAAUACAUCUGUUGUUGGAGGAAGGCAAGGAGUUGCAACGUAUGAAAGUUCUUAAUGUUUUGGGUACACCUUCAAAUGAUCAUGCAUCCACUCCAAGUCAGGCACCCUUUUCUCUUGCAAGCAGAGCUCCAGAGUCAUAAAUACUUCCUUGUUAGAGUGUGUAAGAGAACAUAUUGUUUUAAGGAAUUUUUGUACUUGUUUUCUGCUUUAGUUUAGAUUACCUUAAUUCACGUGUCUCUCAGGAGUAACAUGUAAAGGUUUAUUAUUAUCGGAUGUUUUAUUUGUAUGA